GAAAAUUACUGCGACUCUUGGAUGACAGACAUAGAUCUGUAAGGCCUGUAUAGGCAUAUACAUUGGCGUCACGUCUCCCGGAGUCCCUUUCUGAUAGAAGGAACGCACGCGGAGGUUCUGCUUGAGAGCCGACGUACUGGUCUUAUGCGUAACGGGACCCAGACUUUGCUCCAACUGACCAAAUUCCAGCUCGGGAGCUCUCUGGACACGAAGUAAUCCAUCGUGUUGUCCCGUAUCUCCAUACCGGGCCUGAAUCGGGCGAAUUUUGCUUGGUAUAUCCUAUCCAGUUUGCCUCGGAAUUUGGCCACCGGCUCGUUGACACAAGUAAAAUCCCCAAAAUUUCUUGCCUUGCCGCCAUUCAAGAUGUCUCCUAGCCAAAGAAGCCACUUUAAAUUGCUUCAGAAAUUCAAGCCUGACUACUCGCCUAGCGAGUUCACCCAGUAUGAGUCGGAGAGAACGGGCAUGAGGGCGGUAGUCAUUGAUCAGAAGGGCCCCAAGGUGACCGGAUAUUUUGUGCUUGCCACCGAAAUUCAUGAUGACUCCGGAGCUCCUCAUACUCUGGAACAUCUUUGUUUCAUGGGUUCUCGGAAUUACCGCUACAAGGGAUUUCUUGAUAAGCUGGCAACCCGUGUAUACUCGAACACGAAUGCCUGGACUGCUACGGACCAUACAGCCUACACGCUGGAUACUGCUGGCUGGGAAGGAUUUGCCCGGAUUCUGCCAGUAUAUCUAGAACAUGUCAUUGCACCAACUCUGACAGACGAAGGUUGCUACACAGAAGUGCAUCAUAUUGAUGCUACAGGCAACGAUGCAGGAGUAGUGUACUCAGAAAUGCAGGGUGUGCAAAACAAUGCCGCGGAGCUGAUUGACUUAACUUCUCGGAGGCUUUUGUAUCCUCGUGGGGUCGGGUUUCGGUACGAGACCGGAGGCAUGAUGGAACAGCUGCGGGUCCUUACAGCGGAAAGGAUUAGGGCAUUCCAUCGUGAGAUGUAUCAGCCUAGGAACCUAUGUUUGGUCAUAAUGGGGGAGGUAGAUCAUGCCAACCUUCUUGAGACUCUGGACGAGUUUGAAAAUACUAUUCUAGACGUCAUUCCAAGCCCUGAUUCACCCUUCAAGAGGCCCUGGAUAGAUUCCCACCAGGCCCCAGCGUUGGAAAAAUCGACUAUAGAGAAGGUGGAGUUUCCCGAAGAAGAUGAAUCUUUUGGUGAAAUUGAAAUCAGAUUUCUAGGGCCAAGCUGCGUUGAUCCGGUCCAAACUGGGGCGCUCAAUGUGGUGCUACUAUACCUGGCCGGCUCAUCUGCCUCUCUUUUGGAGAACAUUCUGGUUGAGAAGGAACAAGUAGCCAGUGCCGUUUAUUACUCCACUGAGGAUCAUCCGAGUAUUGAGAUCCGUUUCACGCUGACCAGCGUAGAAACUGAGAAACUUGAACAAGUAGAAAGGAGAUUCUUCGAAGUGUUAAAAGAUGGCAUGGCUGCCCAGCUAGACAUGAAAUACUUGCGCGAAUGUAUUGACCGGCAACGGCGAACUUGGAAAUUUUCCACAGAGAACUCCGCUUCUUCGUUCGCAGAAUAUGUCAUCUCUGAUUUCUUGUAUGGGAACAGGGAUGGCUCGACCAUGUUGGAUGUUGCCAGUCUGAGGGAGUAUGACGUCUUGGAGAAAUGGAGCGAGAGUGAUUGGCGCAGCUUUAUUAAACAGUGGAUCGCUGAUGCUCACCAUGUCUCUGUCCUUGGGGUACCAUCAUCAAAGCUUGCGGAGAAGCUGAAGAAAGAUGAAGAAGCUAGAGUUGCGGCGCAGAAGAAGGGCCUUGGCGCAGAGGGGUUGAAAAAAUUGGCCGAGCGUCUCGAAAAGGCGAAAGCUGAGAACGACAAAGAGAUUCCAAAGCAGAUGCUGGAGGAGCAUAAGAUCCCCGGCGUUGAAUCAAUCCAUUUCAUAGAGACCACAACUGCUAGGUCUGGUGCAGCUUUGAAGGCCGGUCAUCCUGAACACCGAGUCCAGAAGCUCGUGGAUAGCGACGAUUCUGGUAAGCCGCUUUUCAUACACUUUGAGCAUAUCCAGAGCAGCUUUGUGCAGCUCUCUGUUCUUGUUUCGGUGGAGUCCGUGCCGGUUCACCUACGCCCGCUAUUGUCCGUCUUCACAGAGGCUUUCUUCAGCCUCCCCCUCAGUCGCAAUGGCAGGACCAUCAAUUUCGAACAAGUCGUCGUCGAGUUGGAGAAGGACACCGUUGGCUACACCAUGGAAAGUGCCCGGACUCUUGGAAAUUCGGAGAUGCUGCGCAUAUCUUUCCAGGUGGAAGUAGAGAAAUAUAGCACAGCAAUAUCUUGGCUCCGUGAGCUUUGUUGGAAUUCUAUCUUCGACGUUGAGAGGCUUCGAGCGAUUACUGCUCGGCUCCUUUCUGAUGUACCGGACUCCAAGCGAAGUGGCGAUGACAUGCUUGCUGCCGUGCAUGUAAUGAUCCACUACGCUUCUGAGUCCAUCGUGAGGGCCAGGAGUACCCUGGUGAAGGCACGUUACCUUAAGCGCAUUAAGCGACUCCUUGCUGAUCAACCUGACGUUGUGGUUGGGUACAUGGAGGAGGUCCGGAAGAGUCUCUUCCAAUUUGAGAACAUCCGGGUUCUGGUUAUUGCAGACCUUGACAAACUUUCCAACCCCGUAUCUUCUUGGCAGCCAUUCACGCAGAGUUUGGGUCCUGGCACCACUCUACGGCCGGUUACCAAUCGAAGAUCGUUGUUGAGCAAAAUUGGUCAGAAACUAGGCGGGAAGUCCUAUAUCAUUCCUAUGCCGACAGUCGACUCAUCCUUUGCCUACGCGACGGCAAGGGGCCUUGAUUCCUAUGAUCACCCGAAGCUCCCGGCGUUACUAGUAGCGAAUGCUUACAUGAAUGCCGUCGAGGGCCCUCUUUGGGUUGCCGUUCGUGGAAAGGGCUUGGCCUAUGGGACGAAUUUUGCCUAUAAUAUUGACACAGGGUUCAUCAAUUUCGAUGUGUAUCGGUCUCCAAACGCGCACAAGGCCUUUGAGGCAAGCAAAAAGAUUGUCAAAGAUCACAUAUCUGGCGCGACACCAUUCGAUCCUCUGAUGUUAGAGGGCGCUAUCAGCAGCAUCGUUGUUAGCUUUGCCAACGAACAGGCCAGCAUUGCUGGCGCAGCGAAAGGCAGUUUCAUCCGCCAGGUGAUCCGGCAGCUGCCUAGCGACUAUAAGGAGACGAUGUUGAAGCGAGUGAGAGACAUCAGCGUCGACCAGGUUCAAGAAGCGCUACGAGUGAUCAUUCUGCCUUUGUUUGACCCGAAAACCUCCAAUCUUGUUGUCACUUGCGCAACGGUGCUUGAGGAGAAAAUCCAAAAAGGCCUUCAGUCAUCGGGGUUCAACCCCGAGGUGCAGCCUCUCAAGAAGUUCGAGGAUGACUAUGGACUGAAGACGGACGGUGACGAAGAUGAGGAAUCCGACGAAGAUGAGGACGAGAACGAUUUCGAAACGGGUUCAGAGGAUGAAGAGGACGAUGAAUGAGGCGAAUGAAUGACUUGUUAGAUCGACAUGGAGCUCGUUUUGUGCGAGGAUUCGGUCAACUUGAUAGAGAUGCUGUGUGUGUAUACAGCCAAGUUUUCCCAAUAAUAGAACCACGAGAUCCUAGAACUGGGAAGAAUAAGUGCAGUACUUCAC